AUGAACUCUUUUGAAGAAUUAGAAGGUGGGGCACUGACUGUACUUAAUGAUAGAAAAAUUGUUCCUGGGUUGCCUCUUGUUCAUGCUAUUGAUCCUUUAGUGCUAGGUGAAUUUGAAAAGGUAAGAUGCUCACCUAAUGAUUGCACGAAUUCUAUAUUGAAGUGGUUUGAUGAACAAGCUACAGGGUCAGUGGUAUAUGUUUGCUUGGGAAACAAGACACAGACAAAGAGGGAACAGAUAAAAGAUAUGGCUAAUGGGUUAAUAUCAUGCGGUUUCAAGUUCAUAUGGGUGAUGAAAUUGAAAGUAGUUGACAAGGAAGAAGAGAAAAAUUUAGAGGAUGUAUUAGGAAAUGAAACGAUGAAGAAAGUGAAUGAAAAAGGUAUAGCCAUAAAUGCUCAAGGUAUAUCUCAGCAUUUGAAGUGA